UUUUGUAAUUGCACGUAGCGCCGCGUGACCUCACUAAACAAAAAAAGAGGACCAUCGAGGUCGUGGAACAUAGAUCUGAUCGGAACAGCGCGUCCCCCGAUUCAGCCACACACGGCCCCGGCUCCGACGAGCGCAGCCUGUGCUGUGCUGUCUCGAGAUUGACCCCUGCAGAGCCUUGGCCUCCCACAGGCGCAGCGCAAACAAAGCAAGGGCCCCGAUGCUCCAGGUGCACCACGCGCACCUGCUCCUCUCCCUUCUCCCGCUUCAUGUUCUUCCCCCCCCCCCGCUGCUCCGCCCACCCCGCUGCUGCAGGAGAGAGCGCACGGCCAGGGCACCGAGCCUCGUCCGCAGCGGCUGCGCGGACGCCUAUAUGAUAGCUUGGCGGCGAGCGGAGGGGGGGCAAGCAGCAAGGGCGGGCCUCCCCAGAAGGCUCGGCAGUCCCCCGCGGCCCUCUGAGAAGUUUCCUGGGCCUUCCCCGAGGACGCGGCAAACUUCUCAGAAGGCGCGACAGGGUUUCUGAGGAGCCCCGCCGCCUUCUGAGGCAGCGGUCUCCUCCUCACUCUCCCCCCCCCUCGCUCGCAGCCGAAUAGCGCCGAAGCGGAGGAGAGCGAGGACGCCGGCGGGUGCGACGCCGAGCUCGCGGCCUCACCGACUGCCAAGCUGCCGCAACUCCCACUGGCAAAGCGAACAGGGGGGGACCAAGAGGUGCCGAUACCGCCACUCCAGGGGCCUGGGGUGCGUUCUGGCCAGAAGCUCGAACCGAAUCCAGCGGUGACGGCGAGGGCCUCCCAGGAGGCCCCUGACAAAAAGGCGAGCACGAGGGGAGGGUAGCGGUAUCAGUACCCUGUCCUCCUCCGAGAAGAGCAGCGUGAGCAUGGACCUGCCCAGACAUGCUCGCGUCGUGGAGGGGCGACUGGGCUGGCCACGGCGCCCGAGAUUACGGACGCCGCCCGGCAGGCAGGGACUGAGCGGGGCGAGAAGCCCGAGGCGGAGGAGGAGCCGGGAGGACGGGGAGGCGGAGUCAGUCGGGGGCGCGCAAAGAUGGACUAGCGAUCCACGGUGGGGUCGUUCGUGGAGAAAUGUGCCCAUGAGCCAGGGGUCUUCAGACCGCGGGGGCUUCCUCAUCUGAUGAGGGCGGCGGUGACCUGGGCGGCAGGAAUCUCUUCGCCCCCCGGGGCAAGCAUGCGCGCAGAGUCGAAAACAAGCUGGUAAGCUUAGGUAUGUGUUACGCUUUAAGCGUUGCCAUAUCCCAGGCUUUGGCUCAUAUCGCAUGAGCAAGAGUGCAAGACGAAACAUG